AUGAAAACUUUUACAAUUAUAUUUUUAAUAUUCUCUAUUAUAUUAUUUUUUGCAUUUUUUGGAGUUAUUGUUGUUCUAAUAUUACCAUGGAAUGAUGGUCCUGAUAAUGAGAUAGUUCAUUUAAAUAAAUUUGAUUCAUUUAAAAAUAAUGAUAAUACAAAAAAUAUUGAAAAUGAUAUAAGGAGAAAACCAAUUAAUCCUAGUAUUUUAUUAUCAACAACUAUUAAUCCUCUUGAUGCUGUUGUAAUUAAAAAAAUUGUUGAAUCUGGGAUAUUGGAUAGUUCAUCAAUAACAAAAGAAAGUACCCCAACUCCAGAGACAACAACAAUAAGUACCACUACUAAAACAACUAUAAGUCCAGAAACAACAAUAACAACAAUAUUGACAACACAAACAUCUACAAAAUUAUCAACAACAACAAUGACCACAACAUCUGAAAUAAAUACUACUCCUUCUUUGACUUCUAAAACUACAAAUGAAAAUAAAGAAACUAUUCUAACGACUACUUAUCAACCAUCAUCAAGAAGAAGGCAUAGAUUAAGAGAAAAAGCUGUAACAAUAAUGCUUUCAAAUAGUCUUUUGAAAAAAUUUUUAAAAUCAGAAAAUAAUUUUGGUGAUAUUUUACAAACAUUACCACCUAUUGUAGAUUCAACAACACCAACACAAACUUCUUUUUCACAAAAUCCAGUUAUAAAAGAUGAAACAAAUUUACCAAUUGACUUUUCUGAAUUAUCAAAAGUUGGUGUAUCAAAAAUAGAACAACUGGAAUCACCAUUUGAAGCUUUACAACGUAGUAUGAAAGAAAAAACAUCAACAACACCUAUUAAUAGGAUAUCAUUAAGUCCUGUAACAUUACCAACAAUUGAAACAACAUCACAACAAUAUACAAAAAAAGUUCACCAAUUAAAUAUUCUUCAAUCAUUAUCUUCUCCAAUAAUUGUAUUACCAUCUAAUUUAUUAAAUAAUGAAGAAGAAAUAAUGACAACAACAGAGGUACCUUCUACAACAAUAUUAACAACCCAAUUACCCUUGAGAAGUACAUCACCUCAAACUAAAAAUGUAACAUCAAUGAUAAAAAAUCUCCCUAAUAAAAGUAGGCAUAUUCCAUUAAUAUUACUAUCAACUAUUGAAUCACCAUCAAAUUCAAAACCUGGAGGUCUUAUAAUUGUUGAUGAUAUUUUAUUUUUGGCAAAGUCUUUUGGUACAAUAGAAAUCUACAACAAGUCAUCCUUAGAAUAUUUAGGUGAUAUUAAAACAAAUUUAACUAUAAAUCAAAUUAAUAUUUUAUCUGAUGAUACAUUAAUUAUUAGUGAUUCUUUCAACAAAACAUUGAACUUGAUUGAUUUUAAUGGAGAUGUUAUUAAAAGAUUACCAUUAACUUAUAAUAAUAAAGGAAUUAAUGUUAAUCAAGAUAUGAUUUUUGUACUACCAUCAACUGAUAAUGAAAUUAUAAUUUAUAAUUCUGACCUAACUUUAUAUAAAAAUAUUCAAUUUUCUAAUGAUUUAAAAGAAUCAUGUAAUUUUAUAGCUCCAACAUCACAAUAUAUUUAUCUUGCCUGUGAAAGUCAUAUUAAAAAAUUAAAUUAUGAUGGUGAAUUAAUAAAAGAAUUAGGAAAAGGUAAAGGUACCUAUAUUUAUAAUAUAAAAUAUGACUAUCGAACGAAUAUUUUAUAUGCUAUAGAAAAAAAUGAAUCUUCUAUUCAUGUUUUUAAUGAAGAUACUGGAGAACAUUAUAAAUUAUUUGAUGAAGAUAUAACUAUUACAUUAUAUAAUGAUAUUGUUUUGGAUGAUGAUAAAUUAUAUGCAUCAGACUAUCAAAAUAAUUUAGUUAAAAUUUUUACUUUUGAUUCUUAUUUAAUGGAAGAAAGUUAA